UUUUAUCAGCACUUUUGUCAGAGUUGGGAUGAGAAGAGAUAACCUCAAGAUAGAUCUCUUCUUAUCAAUUCAUUGUCUUCUUGUAAGAUCACGUAUACUUUUGUCUUAGUCCACUAUUUCAUUCAUUCUUGUCAUAUUCUAAAGCCACGAUAUGUCUAUUUUUCCACUCAUCUCUUUCUUUUCUUUUUCCCUUUCUAUUUUUUAUUUAAUUAAAAAGUUGAACACUAUAUAUAUGUGUGUGUGCCAACAUCAAAAGCAUAGAAAACCCUGGUUUUCAACCCUAUUUUGCCUUCCAAACAAAAAAACCUCACCAGAUAAGAAGUUAAGGUUCGAAGGCAUGGAAAACAAAGGGGAGGAAUAUAAUUUCCCUUCUGAUACAGAUACUAUGGUUUCUGGGCUUACAAGAAUUAUGGGUGCCACUCAUCAAGAAGAUCAGCAUCGCUCUUCUACUCAAACACAACACGAUCAAGGAUCUGUGAGGAGACACUAUAGAGGAGUACGACAAAGGCCAUGGGGGAAAUGGGCAGCAGAAAUACGCGAUCCCAAGAAGGCAGCUCGAGUUUGGCUUGGUACCUUCGAGACAGCUGAGGAUGCAGCCCUCGCAUACGAUGAUGCUGCUCUUAAGUUCAAAGGCGCCAAAGCUAAGCUCAAUUUCCCAGAACGCGUUCAAGGGAACGCCGAGUUGCGAUAUAUAAGCAGUAGUACUGAUGGAUCAGGUGGUAGUUCGAGCAGUUUCCCAGCUGAUCAUCAUCAUCAGCAGCAAAUUGAUCAUUCUUACGAUCCCACAAUGUCACGUAACACUUUUCCUGGUCUUCAACAAUAUGCACAAUUACUCUCUAGCAGUGAUGCAGAAUUCCCUUACUUCAGUUCAGCUCUCUAUAAUCAAGGUCAAGGAGGAGGCUAUUCCACCUCUCAUAUGCCGGAAUAUUCCUCCGUUAGUAGCAGCGCCAGCUUAGUGCCACAACAGCACCACCAUCAGCAACAAGAUUUUCAGAAUUUUCCGUCCGAGUUUCAAGGGUUUUCUGGUUUGGAUUUCACUUCAAAUUAUGGAAAUGAUUUUGACCCUACUAGCCGAAAUCGUGAGUAAUUAAAAUGAUGUAUGCGUUUGAGUUAGUUUAUAUUUAAUCAGGAAUAAUUCAGAAUCCUUCUGCAAGUUUGCUCGAGAUUAAUAUUUGAAUAUCAACUUUGAAGAAAGCGUUAUUUAAGUUAA